CAUGGCGUUGAAACAGCAACAUCAGGGAAAUGAAAAUGCGACUUUGAGCACGACAUGAUGAAAUUGCAAAAGCGACAUCAGAACCUUCUGAAAUGGCCACAUGACAAAGUUUGAAAUUCAGACAGGCGACAUCUAUACCCCCCAAACAGGACCUCACAAUUAUUUUACCACGAGGAUUAGAGUGAUCUGAUUCAUACUAGGAUCACAUUUAUUAGUUUAGCUGUUUUGGCUAGCUUGCUUCCAUUUUUGUUUUAGUGGGGUGAAUUCUUCUAUACUGGCCAAGUUAAUCAAGUAUUGCAUGAUUAGAAAUAAAGGAAUUUGAAAGAAUGAGGUGGUUCCAACACCUGUACCUAUUUUUUUCUUUUUUCCAUUUCCCAAUAACUCACACAACAUCAAUUUUCAGAAGACUCUGGCAUGUAAUAUGAUACUGGUAACUAUUUUUUUUUGGUUUCCCAAUAACUUUUAUAGUUUCACUUUCCAAAAGACUAUGGCAUGUAAUGUAAUACUGGUAACUUUUUUCUUUUUUUUCAGUAUCCCAAUAACUAUUACACAUUCACAUUUUUUAAAAGACUCCAGCACAUAAUAUAAUACCAUUAAUUUCUUUUUAUCCUUUUCCCAAUAACUUUUAUAACUUCAAUUUCUCUGGCAUGUAAUGAUAAUCAAGAUCAUAUCCAAUCUAUCAUUGUUGCAUUUUGGAGUCGGAAAAACUUUCAAUGAGGAAUGAUAAAAGAAGAGUGAUGUUGAAAUUUUUUGUCACUAUAAACCACUGACUACUUUUCUUUAAAAACAGACAUUACUCCUCUUGCUUUCUAAUUUAGUUGACAGUCUUUGACAGAAAAUGGAAUAAAUAUAAAAUUAAAAAAAAAAAUUGUAUUUAUCCAUAAUUUCAUUUGGUUUAGUUACACUAUUGCGUGACGUUAUGUUCCGCCCUCGUUUGCGCGUUACCACGUGAGAUGCGUGGUUGCUCAGCAUCGAGUCACGCGGGUUUACUCGCGAUUCACUUUCGUGGACGCCAUUUUACUCGCAGUAGUCCAAAACACAAAGUUAUAAACGCUUCCAACCGGUGUGAACUCUCUCAACGUCCAUCUCACACAAUAGGAUUAUUUUACUGACCAGCUCUAGCGAGUGACAGAGUCCAAAAUAUGACCAUGGAACCAAAUGAAUCAAUGAAUCAAGAUCGUUUCUCCGCCAUCUUGGAAAACCAACGCGCCAUAAUGGUGAAUCAGGCGACCAUCCUUCACAACCAGAACAAGAUCAUGCGAGGUAUGGAGCAGCUGUUUACAUUCUUCCCAGCGCUUCAGAGCUCGCUUCCGAUCCAGAACACCAUCCCCGGCACAGUGACGGUAGCCCCUCUACCAGCCCAUCUAGGCAGCAGUGAAAACUCGCGAGUUGAGCAGCCACCAGUGUCAUCCGCCACACAACUCCCAAGUGGGGCACCGCCACCUUCCGUUUCACCCUCCCCGCGCGUGGAAAACACAACCCCUAUUAACACCCCAACACGGCCUCAAGCGCCGUUAAAUUCAAGCACGCCAUCGAUGGUUGCAAACCCUGUGAAACCGCUUCCAUCCAGUGGAGCUUCUUCGCCCGACACCGACAACGAACAAGACGUUGCGCCUCCUGUACGUCCGUCUUCCUUUCCGCAACAGUACAUCUCAGCGGAUGAGCUUACCCAGAUCAAAUGCAAAAGUUGCUCAAUCGGCAACUUCGCAGUCCAGUUGCUGAGACAUAUUUUCGAAAAUAAUGAAUUGGAAAAAAGGAAUUGCACAGGUACGAGAGGGAAGGAAGCAGUUGAUCCAGAACGCCUUCGUUUUGUAAAGGAAACCGUGUUUGAUGUGUACGCAAUCGCAUCUGAUGAUAAAGUGAAUACUUGGAAGCACUGUGUUCGAGCAAUCGACGAAUUUCUCAGACGACCAAAGCGGAUGGCAAAAGGUGCAUUGAAUAAGAGUGCUUUGUUUUAGAAUAAAUUUGGCAACAUUUCUCUAACAAAUAAUUUCUUGCUUUAUUUACUAAGUAUCGCACGCAAAUUGAAUCAUCUGAUAUAGUUUAGCUAAUUAGCGAGGAGUGGCCGGGGCAUGGUAGCGAUAAGCUUGUAGAGAGACAAUUCAGAGUGUUACAAUAUUUUAAAGAGACAUUUAUUGUCAAUAUUCAACAUAUUAGAAUUUAUGUUUAAUUUGUUUUACGAAAUUGUUCUUACGUCAUAAAUGUUAGGCUUUGUUCUCAAAGGACUGGCCCUGAUUAAAUUUGAAACAACUAUUCAAGUGGACAUAUAUCUUUUUGCUUUUGUAUAUUAUCUAAAUUUUUUAUUAUUAAAAAUGUGGGUUUCUUUCAUGCAGCCAGUGUUUUGUGGGCAAAUCACUGUAUUUCACUUUCAGUGGUGUAUUUGGUAUUAUUUCCUUAGUUUCCACACAAACCAAUUCAGCUACAGAUUAGAGCAGUACUGUAGGACAGGUUUGCCAUGAAUUGACCUUUUCUCACUGUAAAUCAAUGAACUUGUGUAAACCUGCAUUAUUUAGGCAGGAAAUACAUAAUAGCCAUCAAUCCUUUAUAAGCAGUUCUGUGAAAAUGGCACAAUGGCAACAAACAAUAGACAGACACAGUUUCCUGAUUUCCAAUCAAAAAAGGGCUUAGUUUUAUCUAGUAACAACAACAGUGUAAACUUCUCUGCCUACAAAGAGUGCAGUAAAGUUGUGCAAGGUGUAUAUUUAAAGCAUUUUUCACUAUCAAGUUCAGUUAAGUUCUUGUACUCCAAGUUAAUGUGUCCUAUUAUCUAAACAACUUUUUCUUAGUUGCUAACGAAUUAUUUCCCACCAACAGCCAGGCUGCUCUAGGUAUCCACAUAAUACAAAAUCAAUUUUAGAUAAAAUCAAUCCAAUUCAUGGAUAUUUUCAAAACAUUUUGAGAAGGUAUAUAUGUAAACAUUUACUUAAAUUUUAAGAUAGCUAGGUGUGUUUGAGACAGACCUAUCUUUUACUAUUUUGAAACUGUUCCAUUUGGAACAUGUCUUACUCUGUAACAGUGUGGUAAAGCAGUUUGAAUAAUCCUUCUUUUAAUUACUUCAACUGUCUUGUCAUUAUUCAAUUGAUUCAAUUAUUGCUUAUCAUUAGUAUACAAACUAAAAUUUGUUGACUUUUAUUUCCAGCGACAAAGAAAUUAAUUAAGAAUGACUGAAAAAAUUGAGGACCAACUAUUCAGGGCCAUGUUGUUGUGACAAACUGUAAUACAGUAGGUGUGCAAAAUUAAUAGGCAGCUGAAUUAAAUUAUGCUUUCAUAGCCAACAUGGUGUUUUGCAAAGUAACAUACCCUACCAGGGUGUCAGUAUGCGAGCACCCAUGGGAAAAUUUAAAAUUUUAAACUCUCUACCAGCAGUGUGAGCUAUAUUUGAAUUACAUAAAAUGGUUUGACAGUGGGCAGGUUCCCUGGCCUAUUGGAUCUAUCAGCAAUAAUAACAAGAUCAACUGAAAGGGAUCCAUUGUUCUUUUUCAUUUUUAUUGAUAGGAAAUGCUUUUCCCACUUGAAUUGAACAGUUAUGAUAUGAAUAACUAUUAUUUUAGUAAUCUGUAUGACCCUCUGUGAGUGACUGGAGGGAAAAAAACUGUUGCUCUUGACGAACAUAGAUGUUUUCACCUUCCCAGGACUAUAAUUUCAAUUAGUUUGUAUAAAAUUUAUUAAUUAAAAAAAUUUAGAGAAGUUUUGGGGAGUAACCAUGUCUUUUGCUGGCUUUUCCAAAGUCCUUGUUUGUUUUAAUUCUGUACGUUGAUUGAUUUCUUUUUUAAAUAAAAGCAAUGACACUA